CCGUCGCCACGAGCGGAUCUGCCUCUAGAAGCCGUGUUUGACCUGACCUCCGCCCCCCAACCGGUGGAAAACUCUGCUUCGCUCAUCUGAUUUUGUACAAGAACCGCUCGUCGCUGACAAUCUGAGCUGCCCACCACGACCGUUGUACGUAUCUAGCUAGCUCACCAUCAUCACCAUCACCUGAGACAAGCAGCUGGUAUGAGUUCACAGCAGCUGAUGCGCAUGGAUGAAGCCCUGCACCAACAGCCUGCGAACCGGCCAACAUCGGAGGAUCGCAAUGACCAUGGUUUCUCAUUGCUCACGCUGAUGGGAUUUGCAUUCCUGACCUUCAAUUCGGGCAUGGCGCUGUAUAAGUCGAAUGGAGACUUGGCAGCCAUCACCUUCGUGGGCUUCUCCUACCUCCUCGUCGUGCUCUUCUACUUCCUACGCUGGUACGAGAGGACACCCCCGGAGUCACCCCGGCGGGAACUCUCUCGUCUUCCGUUCGCGCAUCCUUUUUCUCACCACGGAGACUUGGAGGAAGCUCGCGCGUCGCCGGGGAUGGUUACCCCUCCUCGCGACCGCCGCUUCUUUUGGCUCGCGACGGCCGCUUCGCGCAUCGCCGUGGAACCCUCCCCAACGGCAACCAUACUCACCGCGAUGGCUUUCGCCAUCCUAACCUUCAACUCAGGCAUGGCCAUCUACCGGUCCCAAGGCGACUCGUGGGCCGUCGCCUUCGGGGCCUUCACCUACCUGGACCUGAUCCUGCUCAUCUACUGCCUGCGGCUGUUUGGGCGAGUGGAUGACCCCAGCUUCUGUCGCGUGAAGGCAUCCGUGUGGGUGCUGACCGCGCUACUGGCCACGAUGUUUGCUUGGAAGGUGGUCACCGUGAUGCCGCUUGCACUGGCUGUUAUGGUGGGGGGUAUGGCCGGCGCUGCCGUGCUCGGUUGUUUCUACGCCUUCUUCGUCCACCGGGAGACAACCAGCAGUCAUCCUGCUCGUGCGUAAGGAGGGCUGGGCGGCUGUGUACAUGCAAAGCUUAGCUAGCAGCCCUAGCAGCGUUUUACCAUACCAUAUGCACGGAGAGACUUGACAUCGAUUUUAAUUUCCUAUCAACCACCAGAUACUGUAUGAUUCAUAUCUUGGUCCACUGUAUCGUCUCGUGUCAAAAUAUUGCGCUUGUGUAUUAUCUGUGGUACAAACCCACCUUACAAAUGUGUGCGCGAGCGUGUCAUGAUUAUUGUUUAAACAGAACGAACAGCUCAAAUCACAGAGGCAUGCCGAUACAAAAUACCUUGCAGAUCACAUGGCAAGUGCUUAGCAGAUCAGAUCCAAAAGCAUUGCAAAUGGAAGGACAUUGUCUACACAGCAGCAGCUAAAAACUAUGUACAUGAUAUAAAUCCCUACAAAUUCAGCCACACAUCCCUACAAAUCCAGCCGUUCUUUAUCCUAAUUCCUACCUCUGCAUCGCAAACAAUACUAAUUAGAGAGAGAAAAAAGGGGAAAUUUUGACCUCGAUACUGGGCUAAUGGCAUGGUAUUUACCUGUAUGCUGGGUUGGACGGAUUAGGGAGAUCGCCGGGUUGGACAGCGGCUUGCACGAGCUCGGCCUCGGGUUGCUCGAUCUGCGGCGGCGGCAAGCUCGGGGUCGAUGGCAGCGAGGACGGCGGCGGCGGCGAGCUCACUUGGUGGAUG